UCACGUGACCUAUCUAGUCGCUUAACUUAAUUUAGAAGAAUUGUUUGGGCUUAGAAAACAAGCGAACCCUGAUGACAAUGGCGCGUGUACGAGACACUCCAUUCCAAGGACAGUCCUUGAAAAUCGCAUUUGCUGUCGCAUAGCUUGAAUCUACCUUGAAGAUACAAAGGAUAUGGGAGAUAUUUCGGCACAACAUUCGCCGCAAAGGAGACGAAGGAAAAUUUCGCAGUAUGUUCGCGAACUUUAUACUACAUUAACCAAUAUACUCGACGACCAAGAUCGAACCUUACUAAUUCAAUCACUGAAUCAAUAUCAGAGAGAUAGAAAUGUAAACAAUCUUGUUUCAACUCUAAAGUCGAUCCUCGAUACUUCAACGAAAAGAGAAGUGUAUCCGUUAUUACGGCAGGUAGUUCCACACAAUGACCAAGAGAAAUUCAAUAUACUUUGGUACAGUCACGAGCAUCCUAAACCUCGCCAGCGUUCCAAAUCGCCCGCUCGAUCGCCGGCAAAUCUUCACAGGAUUCCUGCCUCAUCGAGUCUACCAGAUAACCUUCAUAGGCACGUAUCGGACUCGGGAAUCGAUCUGUCAAACAUGACACAGUUCAGUUCUUCACGGGAUGCUAAACAUCCCAUCAAGCGAUUGUCUAUUAAGCGACCUUCAAACUCUGGAUUUGGGUUUUAUAUUCGUGGAGGAUCUGAACAUGGCGUUGGUUUGUAUGUUUCCUCUGUGGAUACAAAUUCUGUUGCCGAAGCCGCCGGCAUGUUACCUGGAGAUCAUAUUAUUCAAGUCAAUGGCACGAAAUUUGACGGACUGACACACGCGCAAGCUGUCAAGGUAACAACAAAAAAUUGUUAGUGGCCAGCUUUAAGUUAAAAUGUGAUUUCAAUAAUCUUUGAUGUGACGAAUUGCCUCUCUAAAAACCAAUGUAAAAGCCAUUUAUUCAUGGUGUUAAAAGGAUUUAAGGUUUCCUUUCUGAAACUCGAUGGGAAGUUAUAGAAAUGUGAUCAUUUCUCAAGAGGUAAGCAGAAGAAUUCGAAGAUAUGUUUUGUUUGUGUUCGAUGAAGUGUGUCUUAACCUCCUUGGGUGGGUUUUGUAUUCAUCACCAACGAGUGUAGUUAGUAUGACUGAGGACUUUUUCUUUCGAAGUAUAUCAGUAGUUAAACUAUAGUUACGGACCUACAAUGUAUUCGAAACUUGAAGAAAACUUCAUGCAUGUUCUUCUAAUGAGAGUCGUACUAGAUGUUAAUUACUAUGGUACUGUCUGUAGUGAGAGAUGUUUGUUUUGAUGUUCAGAAGUGCUAUAAAUUACAGGAGUUUCUAAACAAUUUAAAAAUUUCAAGUUCCUACUCGAUCUAAAACGUAUGACCUUUUCGAUUUGAUUGUCAUGGUUUCCGCAUAGUACAAGUUAUUGGGUUGCUUCAUUGUGUUACUUGAUCACGCUAUACAACUUGUUGAUGACUACUCGGGACUGCACAUCAAAACGCUCCCUAGAAGUUAAACGAAUUAUUUAACCUUUUUCCUAUAAAUAGUCAAAGAACCUUUGCAAAAAGUGGCUUCUAAAUAUGUCAACAUAAACAAUAUAUGCAGGUAUUUUACCACAGAUAAGAAAUAUACCUAAUAUCAAAGUGCAUUUACACUGAAAGUGAGAAAUAUUUCAUUUCUCUUUAGAUUAUUCAACAUAGCAAGAAGCUUAAUCUGACAGUCCGGUCAGUUGGUCGUAUUCCUGAUAGUUUUCUUGCUGAGUCAACUUGCAAAUGGGUGGACAUGAGGGGUCGUAGAGCCUCACCUCCACCUGGAGUUGACUCAAAUGGGCGUAUCUUAACAACUGAUGGCAUCCAUAAAAGUGAUUUAAGACUUCUAGGAGAUGAUGAUGAACGGAAGGUCAGUUUUGUCUCUCUCUCUAGGUGAUAAUACUUGUCAGUUUGAAUUGAUGUACAUCUAAUUUGGUAUUAUAUAUACCACAAUGGUGAAUAGUGCUUUUCACAUGUGCUGAUGGGCUAGUUCAGAAGUGGUGACUCAGUACCAUUCACCUCCAUAUAUGUUAACAGAAAAGAAAAAAUUUUGGUUUUUGGGUGGUAUCUACUAAAAAAUUUCAACCUUGGUGUCCUUGUGAGUGAUAGAUAUUUACUCCACUUGGCUGAAUAAUUGUGAAAUUUCUAAACCAUAACUGUUUAUAGAUAAGAGCAUAAAAAGUACUGAGUUGGAGUUCAAAAUUUGGACCCCACAAUUAACUCAAUUACAUCCACAAAGCUUUGACAUAUAAGAUCUUUUUUUUUUCAGUGUGUGUCAGCUAAUAAAUGUACAGGUCUCAAUGAUAUGUUUGAAUAGAAGAAUGCCCCUAGACUCUCAAUGAACUUUGUUACCAAUACAUUUAUUAGGUGUGUGUAAAUGUUAUUAUCAGUAUAUUAUAACUGGUCAGUUUGUGUGUAUGUUUUCUUUCGCAGGUGAACAUAUUUGUGGAGGAUGGUACAAAGUUGGGGUUAAUGAUUCGGGGGGGUGCUGAGUAUGGAUUAGGAAUUUAUAUAGCUGGCAUAGACCCUUACUGUAUUGCUGAACAAGCUGGACUCAAGGUCAGGCAAUAUGAAUUUUUUUUGUUGGCUUAAAAUCUGAAGCAACAUUAAGGUUUCAAUUGUUUAUAACUGAGAGGCAUGGAAUGCUGUCUGAAAGAAAAAGCUUUCUUUCUAAGGAAAUUGUGCUCUGAUUCAAGGUAUUUUCCUUGUUUUGAAAUAACCCUUAGUAAUUUGAUUUUCAGUUACAUUUACUUAAAAUUAUGAGCACAAAUAUGUUUUGAUCCUACUUCAGUAUGGUUUCAAAAUUUUCAGACCUGCAUCAGAUCAAUCUUGUGCAAAGACAAGUUGAACCAAAGCAUACAUUCAUUUGUACGUGUAUGAUUCAGAACCAGUAUCUUGAAGAGGAACCUUUUUAGGUUUUAGGCUGUUGGGAAAUAUCUCAGAAUUUUUAAAAUUUGAAAUUGUGAACCAGUUUCUGCAUAUUGGCAAGAUUCAAUUGUUAUCUAAAGGUGGACUUUUUAAUUUCUUUGGAAGGCUGGAGAUCAAAUCCUUGAUGUAAAUGGACAGAGUUUUCUAAACAUCACUCACAAAAAGGCGGUGAAGGUUCUAAAAUCAACCAGAAACAUGAUAAUAACUUUGAAAGACAUUGGCAGGUUACCAUUCACCAGGGUAACUCAUGACAAAACAAGAUGGAUAACACAACCUACUAAAAAUGGCCAGAUUCAACGGUAUGUGUCAUGUACACAUCAUGUACACAUCUUGGCUCACGUUGGUUUUUUCUUGCUCCUUAUUCAUAGCUACUUAUGCCUGCAUGAUAAAUGUAUUAAAGCAAUAAAUCAAAGCAAAACCAUUACAUAAUGAUAUAUUAUCAGCUGGAAAGAGGCUGGAAAUGAAUAGGAGAUGUUAGUUAUUCAAUGUUAUUGAUAUUAAUUUCAAAAUGCAAGCACUCCAAAAACAUUUUGCCCUUUACGCAAGGUAGUUAUUACAUGGUAAAUUACUUAAGACUCUUAAAAUGUUGACAAAAUAGUUUUGCAAACAACACAUCACUAACAGAGUAUAAAGUUAGUUUCAAUUUUUUUUCACACCAACUUAAAUGCUUGGGGAAAUAAGUGAAAAAUUAUAAAUUUGAAGUGCUCUUUAAUCAGGAUUUCUUUAUUUCAAUAUAUUAAGGAAUUGGGAAGAACUUUUUUUAAUACUUUCCCUGUUUAAAUAUCUUGUUAAAUGCUUUUUUUGUCUCUUUUAGAUAGUUUGUAUCUACAGCAUGUGUAAUAGAGUAUAGGCCAAUCAUAAAUUCUUGAAGCAGUUUGUCUAUAAUUUUCCCUUAAAGCAAUAAAGCUGCAACAUAAAUUUAUGGAGGAGAAGACUCAAUUUGAAUAUACAAUGUAAACAUGCAUCACAACUAUCAUUUGAAUAUUCUCUCUACACAAGGAAAUUAAUAUAAAACUGUACAACUCUGAUAUAAAACUGCCAUAAAUAAUCACUAUUCUCUUUAAGCUUCACUGUUCUUUUUUUCAUUAUCUUUCCUAAGUCUUUCAUGACAGUUAUUUUGACUGUUUUGUAUGGUCAGUGAUAAUUUACAUGACAUAUUCAUCUAUCUGAUGUCCUGCUAAAAAUUAACAUCCAUCUCUCCUAAUUAUUUCACUGACAUUAUGACUUUCUCUUUGGUGUGAAAUAUAACUCACAAAAUGUCUUCUUUGUUUCACUUCUUGCACAUGUUAAUUUGCCAUUAUUAUGCAGUGUUCCUGAGGUCACUCACAUUACAGAGGUUGAGGUUCAUGCACCUUCCGGCUCUGCCCUUGAAGGCCAACCACCUCAAUCUUCUAGGUAGUUUACUCUAACUUUAUUCUCAGAUUGUAUUUUUCUCUCAGAGUAAUAUGGCAUAGUCAACACUUUUAGCUAUUUGUGAGUUAAAUUGAAGUUUAGUCAAUGGUGAAUUUACCAGUACCUGACUGAAAAUGAUCUAACAAAAUUUCUUUAGCCUGUCACAUUUCUCAUUUUACAUUUGAUUCAAUGGGUUUUGUUUAAGUUUUGUUUUAUUAAGAGGGUAUUUAUUGCAAAAUUGUUUUUAAGGAGAUUUCAUUACCACCUUAAUGCACAUGUAUAUUGUAACAAAAUUAACUUGCCCAGGAGAUUCCCAUUCUUUGUUAGUUGGUUACAUGUAUGUCUGAGGACCCAUAAUGUCUUUAAACCAGUUAAGUAUUACUACUGGUUCAUGUACAUGUAAAUGCAAUAAUGAAAAUCUUAAGAAGUUCUGCAUUUUGAAGAAGAGGUUGUGAGACACCCACCUAGUGGAACAGGAGACAUCAGCUAAAACAAAGUAAUGUGAUCAUUAUAAUGGUAACUUGGUGAGCUGGAAUACACACUGCCUUAAGAGCUUGAUUUACAAAUGUCAUGCAAGUAAUGUAAUUGUAAGAUUGGGUGCAAAAUGUUAUGAGAAUAUGUAUUCUCUAUUUGUGAUCUAAUAGUAUGCUUCUUUUGCUUUUAUUUCAUAAAAAGACGACAUACAGCACAUGGAAGAAUGACUGGUGAUGGUGACACUGAGGUGUAUAAUUUUUUUCAUGACUAUAUGAUGGAAACACACUAUGAGAUGAUUUGUAUAGUAUGUACAUGGAAAUAUUUCAUAAAUGAAUUGAAAUGAAUUGUACCUUAUCAUCAAUAGUUGGGUUACAAAAUGUAUGUAAACUACAGUAAUGAACCAAACUUACAUGAAGAUCAUAAUUGUACAGACACCACAUAAGGCAUCUUCAAAAAGCCUCUUCUGUUAAGCUGAAAAUGACAGUAGUACCUAGUACUUAGAUACAUUGGGUACAUGUAAAUUAACAAAAUUGUGUAAGUCAUGUAUUAUAUGCACUGUACAUGUGGCUGUUAUACACUUUGCCAGUAGGAUGAAGAAAUUGUAGAAACAAUAUAUUUUACACUUCCUGAAGGGUCACCUUAAUUAAUAAUUAUUUUGUAGUCUUAUUCAAUGACACAUAAACUUGUAGAGUCACUUUCAUGGUUAAUUCUUUGGUAGUCUUAUUAGGUGACACAUGAAUUUGCAAAAUUUAUUUCAUUUUGGUCUUCUUUAGCCUUCGAUGUUUCAUCAUGGGAUUGCAGGAUCUCAAGUCCUUUAUAGUGGGGGACUUCCAUUACAGAAGAACCUAAUAACAGAACAAGCUAGGCAAAUCCUUAGUGAUAAUGAGUUAGAAACCUUGACUUAUUACUUGGAGGAGUACUGCAAGGGUUUCAUCAACAUCAAUGCUUUUGUUCUUGCCAUGUUUCAUCUGCUUGACACUCCAGCUAAGGCAGGUUUUUGAGUUUUCUUAGAAAUGUAUAUGUAAAUUAUUGUUUGUUUUCAAAGUAUCUAAAUUUUAAAUUGAUUAGGAGGUGUAGUGGCUUCAUAUUGGAUUUAAUGGUCUUGUUUGAAGCCCUUAUGUGCACCAGUGUCUUGUGAUUUUGGCAACCUAUUUUACUCCCACAGUGACCCUAUCCAGUAGCAAACUUGUAGGGAAACCUAAUGAAAUGGUGGGGUUAUACACCCAGGAUGAAUCAGUACUAAUUUUGGAGGAUUAGCAACACUCUAUAUGAAAUAAUGCUUGGUUGGGCUUUGGCAGCUGUCUGUGCAGUCAUGUAUGCAGACACUGUCUUUAAUACAUAUUGUAGUAGAUUAUUUUGAAAACUCGCAUAACUCAAGUGUUUGGAUAUGCAGUGACCAUGUUUCAAUAAAAGUGAAAAAUGUUUAUGAAACCCUCCACAUUUGUGGCAUGUAGUUUUUCUUCCUUUUAUGCAUAAGCUGUUUGUAAAAUUUUUCCUUUUGUGGCCCUUGUAGUGAUUUAGGACACUGAAGUUGAGCAAGUAAUAUUUGAUAUCAUGUAUUGUAUUUUGGUUUUAGUUUUACCGAAAAUCAGUGUUUUUCAAUCGGUAGAUGUCAUUGAUGGGGGAAAUACGAGGCUCUGUGGCACCAAGAGAUAUUGAUCGAUUUGAUGACUUAUUACUCAAAAAAGAAAUUGAAAUGAUGAAGGUAAAUAACACAUUUUUUCACAAUAUUAGUUAUAAAUUUUAUAACUGAAUUUUAAAUAUCCCUAUAAUUUAAUCUAUUUUAUGUUCUUCAUUUACUUAUGCUGAGGGAUAACAACCUUUUCAUUUUGAUGAAAUUAACAGAGUCGCCAGUUUUUUGGAAACCACAUGUCAGAUGACAGACACUCCAUUCACUCAUAUGCAAGCAGUGUGUCAAGCUUCUCUGGAAAGGGAUCAUCGUCAAGCCGCAGCUCGUUCAAAGUAAGAUUGGAAUUGUUCAUGUAUUUACAUUCUUUCCCUGAGUUUCCAUAGAAAGAAAAUAUGCGGUGCAUGUAAAUACAUAUGCAGUUUAAAUUGGAAAAUACGAGUCUCUUAGAGAUAUCGAGCUACUUGAACCCGUGAGGAUUUCAAAUGAAUUAGCUUUGCCAAAUGAUAGCCAUUAGAAAUGCCAUCGAUAUUAUUCAAUCAAGUGAGAAAAAGGUAUUUUAAAACCCUGAUUAGUAACGCAUUGUCUUUUUAGUAUCUUAGUGACACGGAAGCUUUUUUUUUUUUCGUUUUUAGGGUUCCGUGAACGGUUCUGACUCGCGUCCCAUCACCCCUCCACAAGUGCCUGAAGUUUUGCCUCCAAAUGUGAAAGUAAGCUCGCAAAUAGCGAAGACUUUUUUUACAUCGGAGAUUUCCGUGCCUUACAAUAUUAAUAUUUGGUCGGCUGAAUUGAAAUACACCAAUACGUUUGCCAAAAGUUAAUGAAUAAUAAACUACAGUCGGGUAACCUCAAAUAUAAAACUUCACAAUUUGAAGUGAGACAGUCAAGAAAGUUAUUUUUCUCAGACAGUCAAGCUAUUUAUUUUUUCACAUGCUUCCUUUUUAUUUUUCAUUCAUAUAUUUUUCAUUCUUAUUUAUGUAUUUAUGUAUUUAUCUAUAUAUUGAGUAAAUUCCUCAAUACUGGGAUUGUUGAAGCGUUACCCAACAUCAAGCCAGUCAGUUUAAAAGGUUUUCUCUCAACUUGCCACUAAGUUAGUUUUAAAUUGCAAGCCAUUAAACCGAAGAGAUUGCAAACUUUAAGCUUUACUUACCCGCCCAAAAUGGGUUGAACGUCAUGGUCAUGACGAAGGACUGUUUGCACGGAUCGGUCUUCUUGCAAAGUCAAAUUGUAAGUUACGUAUCAUAACAGAAAAUCAACAAAAAUUAGAGCAUUUUCACAAUCCUUUCUUUGUGAACCUAUACUUAACAUAUUCCCUUACCUUGCCCGGAUGAGAAAAUGUUUCUUUCACAAUAAUUUGAGGAAACGUAACGAGAUUUUUCUUUGGACAACACAACUCAAAACGUAGGUCAUUUUUUUUUCCUCCACGCCUUUAACGCGGUGUUCCCAACUUGAAAUGGGCAGAAAUAGGCGGGAAAACAACUCGUCACUAGUCCUGCGCUUACAUUUAACUGCGUCUGCAGAUGUUCCAUACAAGCUGUGGAAUGGCUGGUGUAAACGACGGUGUUAACAGGCAGUUCUCUAGAAAUUUAUUUAUUUUCUUCAGUUUUGCCUGACACUACGUCACAACUCCACAAAACGUUAGCACUGCAACACUCGAUUUUCUACAAGAGAAACUAAAGCCAUAGUUAAAUUUUAUUCAAGACCAAGCUCUUACCACCAAGCACUAGUCUUUUUGAAGAACAGAUCCUUAGAGUAGAAAGUUGAUUUCAAACGCCUGAAAUAAUGUCCAGCAUGGACGAAUACCUAACCGGUUGGUUGCAUGGAAAGGUGUUUAGCGUUACUUGUAUAUAGGUCUGACAUUAAUUUUCUUCUUUAUUGUUCGGUAGAUUGCCUAUGACGAAACAUCCUCAACUUACGAUGUUUAUGAGGCCACACUGACAUUCAACGAAGACCAGGAAGAGGUUGGUUCAAAUCCCCUCGUUUAACACAUCGGCAGAUGUCUUGACAGCACGCACAUAAUAACUUUGCCAUUAUUAUGACAAUAACAGAUUCAAGAUUCUUCAUAGUCUUCAAGUCCAAAAGAACGGAAAAUUCUAAUAGACAUAUGCACUCAUUUCGACGCUUUCCUUUUUAGACUUUUGACGAUGGAGAAAUGGAAGGACUUCCAUCUUUACUGAACAUCAAUCCGAUGUCACUGGAUAUUCCUUUCUCUGAGGUAAUGACCAUUUUUGGUAUCCUUCUUAGUGUUCAUGUCGAGUCGCCAUCGUUCAAAGGUUAGGCAGGAGCUACGUCCACGUCAUAGUCCGCCAUGUUGAAAUUGUAACAACAAAUUGAUGUCAAUGGACGAUGAAAUGACAGAAUUUUUUUACUUGCAUGUAAAUUUUACGAAUUGUUCUUCCAUGAAAUAGUUUAACCCUUCAACUCUCAGAAGUGUUUAACAUGUAACUUCUCCCUAAAAUAUCCAUUCAUUAUCCAACAAACAGUUAAUAAGGACACACAAAUUAAGCAAAAGAUGUUAUCUUGCUCUAACACAAAAUUCUCAUAACUAAUUAACAGGGUAAUGUGUAGUAGCAAGAGAGGAGAAUUAACAAUCAGAUCUUGGCUGUCAAAGGGGUUAAAGCGUUUGCUCCCUUCAGUUAGGAGUAGCCUUAAAACGACUUCCAUGUCGCAUAAAGUUCAGCUUUCAGUUCUGUGGUUGAUUGUGUAGAGAAUCAACAAUGCUUUUAAAAGACUUGCCACAAUCGUAUAAUGCCGUUUUAGUAUUUACUAUUUCGAUAGCGAAAAGAAAGCUUAUACUAUCUCCUAAUCUUCCUCUUUCUUAGAGUACUUCAUUUCCUUCUCCUGACAUUAAUUUCUCCUCACCAAUGGUGACCUCUUCGCCUACGAAUGAGAGAGAACAAGAAACUCCAACGAGAACAAGAGGAGAAGCAACAUCCAGUGAGAAAGUGGGUGACAACACUAGAAAAGUGAAAGAAGCUAAAGAUUCCCCUCCCUAUGAAGAUAUGAAUCUUCAUCCGCAUGACUUACCUGGGAAAAGAACAUCGAAGCCACAGGAUCACCCCAGCAGUCAUGAUUACAUAAACGCGGAUUUGCAACCCGCUGGGAAACCUCAGACACCUUCAAAUCCUUUUAUUUUUCCAAGCUCGUUCCAAGGCAACGGCACGAACACAGAGUUCAAGGCAUUUGAGUGUUCGCCAUUGUGUACGUCGUCCACAAUUGAAGCGACCAUUUCAGAAUCGACGUUGCAGAAUCAAAUUAGUGACGCUAAAACCCAAGACAGCGACAAAGCGGAUAAAACACAAAGUGUUGCCGCUGAAGUACCUGAUGAUGACCUGAGACCAGAAGUGGCGAAACUCCCUGGAAGGAAGAGAUUGGCAUCCUGGGGUACACCCCCAGACGAUGAGGGUGCACCGAACGAUGAACCAAACAGAGAUACACCGGCUAACGGACACUAUACCGAUCGCCUGACAGGCUCUGGACAGACGACUUACGGUAACAACACGGUGGCUCAAACCAAUGUGCACAAUCAGCUUUCUGAUACCGGCAUUGAGACGUCUUCACCGAGAGAAAGUCGUCAAGGUUCUGUUUCCACGAACAGGAAGAGCUGGGACGGAGUGCGACAUCCUGGCGAGUCUGGAGAUAACCAAAAGGUGUCCAUUCUGGAGAAACCGAAGGACAGUAAGGAACGAAGUUGCAGUGAUAGCAAUUUGAUGGUAAGAAACAUACGAUUGGGAGAGUAAACUCAGCUUUCGGGGGCUAAAUAAAACUUGAGACCUGCUAGAAUUUUUUAUGGAAUUUGUUUAUCUUUUUUUUCUUUAAAUUGAUUUGGUAAACAAUGUUAUGGAUCAUUUAAUGGUAGUCGACCGAGUAAUGAACAUCUGGUGGUCUAUCGAUUGCAUUUGCAAGCCCAGUUUGAGCCUUUUUUUUUGACAAAACUAAGCCCUGAAAACAAGUAUCUCAAAUUAUAUUUGGGUGUAUAAUAAUUUAAUUGAUGUUUUUAAUGGACAGAAGAGGAAAUGACAAUUAAGGACAAACCAGAUUCGUAAAAUAAAGAAAACUGGCUUUCAAAACCAAUGACAAAUGGACUUAAUGCUUGAUUUUUGCUCCAAGAACCUCCCUAAGGAGCAGCAGAAGGUUAUACAAGCAAAACAUAGAGCAAGUCAAGAACUCUACGAGCUUCGCCAACACACCAAAACUAAGGUACAACUAACAAACUAACUCGGUUUUUUUUUUUUUUUUUAAAUAGAAAAGUGGGCGGAAAAGCUCUUGACAAUUGACUAAAAUGCCAGUUAUUGGGAGUUGAUAGUAGCCUGCCCUUGUAAACUGCUUACUCAUAUCAUGUUCUCUUAUCAUUAUUAGAGCGUUACAAGCCAAAACAAGACUAUUUCAUCAGAAGUGAGCAUGUUCCCAGAGUUGAAUGGAGUUCGAGAGCCUGAGUUUGUCGUGGAAGUUGAUAAAUCAGUAGGGAGCUUGGGUCUGUCCUUGGAAGGCGGGUGCGAUGCGGAAAGUGACGUGAAGAUCAAGUCAGUCAAGGUGAGACUACAGCUUUUAAGAACGAGAAUGAACUGUCGAUGAGCAUGGGAGUUGUAGACCUUCACGGCUGAGCUAACUCUUGAAUGUGCUAAUGCUUAAGUUCAAUGUAGUUUUUUUUUUAACUUUGAUGAUCAAUUUAAUUGUGGAAUGAAAUCAUAGCGUAAAUUAAACGCUGUAAAUCUAUUCUGUUUGACAAAAUGAAUGGUUUUUACAUCGAUUGAAUGUCGCAGAAGCAAAGAGCAUAGUAAUAGCAAUCAAGGUAAAUGUCACAAGAGACCACGGGGAACUCAGAAUAAAUAAACCGCAAGAAAAAGCGGGUAAAAGUUCGCGAUGGAGUGACGUUUCGCUUCUGAAUGGGUAGGUAAUGGAUGUGAUAUUCUUACCCAGUGGCCAAGCAAAGUAAAUCAAACACUUUUCGAGGUUCCCUCCUACAUUAUAUCGGAAAUUGUCGCGUACCUUCGUCGAGCAUCACAUCAAGUUGACAAGACAUCAAGUAGACAAGUUUCAGCGAGAGAAUUUCUUCUUCAUACUAGAAGCGGUUGUGCUGCAUGCGUGAAAAUCAAUUGUUUUUUUUUGUAACACUUGAUUCGUUCACAUUUUUGAAACUUGAUGUCAGAUGUCCACAUUCCCAUUUCGACUCAACGAGUGUUCAAAUUUUUGGUGGAGUUAAUUAAUUGCAUGCUUUCGUUGCAGCCCAUCAGGAAAAUGUGGAAACCACUCUUUGCUGGAAAUUUAACUACGUCAUCUUAAUGUUUUCAAUCCGGUCAACCAACAAUUCUUGUUAGUAGCUCAUUCUCACAAUGCAUUGACAGCGUACCAAUUAGCAAGGCUGUCGAGAUGUUGUUAAAUAGAAACGAGUUUUCAAAAUUGGCUUGGUUUAUUUGUACUGAUAUGUAACGCACUACGUGAUAGAAACUGUUGAGUGACAAUAAUAGAAAGAGUUAUCAAUUGAAGUGCCGUAAACUCUUGAAACUGCCCUGGAACGCCACAAUUCAUUUUCUUAAUUAAAGCUUCCACCUCUUUCUCUCCUUCCGGUCACUUCUUUCGAUCAUUGGUUAAUUUCAUGAACAGUGCUGUUACUAAGGCCAUCUGGCCAGUACGCAAGCUUUCAUUGGCCAUGCGGGCCAAAGUCGAUCUCGCGGGCUUCGCCGAUUGUGCCGCAGCGCUGAUGAGAGUGUGCUCCUUGCUCUCUUCCUGAUAAUUACGCACAAUACGUUUGUCGGGUAUCCAUAUCUAACAAAUAUUUUGCAUUUGCCCUGCAAAUUGGCAAGGCAUUUACAAUACUGAGAAAUACGAUUUACCUUGUUUUGGCAAUACUGGGCACAAUAUUUGCACUUUCUUGAAAAUGUUUUGGAACUUCAUGAUUACUGUAUGGGCUCUUCGUUGUCACUUUUUUCUCCGAAUUUCAAUUGAAAAUUUAAAUCUUUUUUUGUUUUUAGGAGGGUAAUUUCGCAGCAUGGAAAUCUGGAGGGUUAAAACCGGGUCAAGUUCUUCUCCAAGUGGACGACACGCCGAUACGAGGAAUGACUAGCGGCGUGGCAGUACUCACCUUAAGAAAGGCUUAUUCGAACCCAGACUCGGCCGUACUCAAGCUUCUUGUUCGAGAUAUUUAGUGUAGUCACUCACUGAUA